UCUUUGAAUUUUAUCAAAAUUCUUUUUCCCUUAAAAAAUGUGAUAUGAACGUUUGUUUUUAAAAAAAUAUUCAAUUUAUUUUACCUAUUUCACAAUCAAUGAAUAUCGACUCGAAGAAUGUUAAAUCCACAACAAUCAACACAACAACCAUCGGUAAUACCGAAUCUAACAACAACAACAAUGACAACGAUAAAUAAUAAUCCGAUUGGCCUAUCCGUUACAAGUGGUGGUCAAACUCAAUUCGUAAGCCAAAUACAACCUAUUGCUCAACAAACACCACAACCAUAUACUUAUUAUCAACAGACAGCUAUUUAUCCAUUACCAUAUAGUUAUAUGUCAACAGCCGUAGCAUCAACAUCAUCGGCUACUUCCAUAUAUCCAACAGCAGCCAUUAUUCAGCAGCAACAACAACAACAGCAAACGAUUCCUGUUUCAACAGCUCCAGCAUCUGUUAAUAAUAAUGCUGCAUAUGCAGCAUAUGCUGCACAAUUUGCUCAAUAUCAAGCAUAUCAACAACAAUAUGCAGCGAUUAUUGCGGCAACAUCGUCCACACCAUCGAUUGUCACACCGACAACGAUUUCGGUUGUUGCUAAUCCAAUGAUUCAAUUUCAACAACGACCAACAGCACCACCACCACCACCACCGCCGAUGAUGUUUCAACCAACAACUAUGAUGUCUCCAGAUGCAUAUUAUCCAAAUCCUUCGAAUGUAAACGCAUCAACACCUAUGGUUAUGAUGCCCGUUAGUAAUGUUAAUACAACCACCUUACAAGCCCCACAAAUAUUACCAAAUACACCGCGCACCGCCAUGAUUUCUUCAUCUGUAACAUCGCACAUCAAUAGCACUGCCAAUGUCGAAUUGAAUAGUCCAAAAUUUUCGACAAAAUCAGAAACCUUAAUCGAUAAUAGUGAUAAAAAAUCAAACUAUUUUUGUCAAACAUGUCAAUUAGUUUGUUCAAGUUCGGAUUCAAUGAUGAAACAUAUGUCCGGUUUUAAACAUAAAAAACGUGUUGAUUUUUUACGUAAUAAUGGAAUGAAAAAAUUGGUGCCAAAAGAUUCAUUGGAAAAUAAAAAAUCCAUCAAUAAUCGUGGACCAACAAUAAUGAGUGUUAUAUUAAAAUGUCGUAUUUGUGAUGUACCUUGUGUUAGUAUUGAUUCAUAUUCAAGUCAUUUAAAAGGACAACGUCAUAAUCGUUCGAUUGGUUAUCGUAGAAAAAUGGGUGAAGAAUUUUUUAGUAAUAUACCGGAAAUAUUAUCAAAAAAUGUUUCCAUUGAAUUGGAAACAAAAAUUAAAGAAUUAUUUGGUGAUAAAAAUUCGCAACAUAAUGAUGUACAACAGCAACAAGCGGAUCAAAUGAAAUCAAGAUCCAUUAUGAAUGUUGGUGAACAAACAUCAAAUUUGGAUCGAAUGACGAUAAAUGAAACAUCCGAAUCACCAUCGUCAUCAUCAUCCACAUUAUCAAAAAUGCAACAUGAAAUUAAAGAUUUUUUCGAUUGUAAACCAAUUGGCCAGGAUUUUAUUGAAGAAGUUUUAAAUCAAAAUGGAAAAAUUAUAUCAUUUACUUGUACACUGUGUGAAUGUCGUUUUAAUGAUUUGAAUGCAAAAAAUUUACAUCUAAAAGGUCGUCGUCAUCGUUUACAAUAUAAGAAAAAAGUUGAUCCAAAUUUAAUUGUUGAAUUUAUAAAAAGUGAUAUGAUAAAAAUUGAAAAUGAAAAAUUAGAACGAAUAAGACAAAAAGAACGUUUAAUGAAAAAAAUAUUACAUACAAAACCAUAUUUAACGGAAGAUUUGGAUCCAUUUCGUUCGAUUGAAAAAUCUAAAGAAUUUGUAACAAUAUUUAAAUAUAAUCAAAAUAAUGUUCAUUCAACAUCAAUACAUUCAUCAUCUUUAAAAGGAAAAGAUUAUACUAGAUCAUUUAGUGAUUAUUUACUUGAAUAUAGACAUCAUUUAAUUCAACCAACAAAAUUUGAAUUAGAAUAUAUUUAUCAAACAGCUUAUCUGGUUGAAAAAGCAAUACGUAAUGUUGGACGUUUUAUUGAACUGAAUUUUUUACUACCAAUUCCUGUACCAAAAAUUUUAUCCGUUCAUAAAACAUUAUUACCGAUGGAUACGAUUGAAGAUAUGUUGGAAAAUAAUAGUGAAAAUCGUAUCAUAUCAAAUGAUUCAAGAGUUGUUGAUUUUAUUCGUGUAGUACGUCCAGGACCACUUGGUAAAGGUUUAUUAAUUACAGAGGAAAAAUAUUUUCAAUUAAUAAUUUUAUCAUCAAUAUUACCAACUGAAUCGUUGUUAAAAUUAUUCGAACGAUUAGUACCGAAAGAAAUUGAACGUUUAUCAAAAAAUCCAGAUGAUUAUCCGGGUGAAUAUCAUGUUCAAUCGGAAUUAAUGUUGGAUGAAACAAAAUUUCGUAUAUCAUUAUAUACAUUUACAUUAAAUUCUAGUAGUGGUGGUAAUGAACCAAUAAUUCAAGAUGAUUCAAAAAGAAUAUUGCGAUUUGAUUGUUAUCUAACCUGUCCAUAUAUUCGUGAUGAAAGUGAACAAGAACUUUGUGAAAAUGUAUCGGAUUUAUUGAAUCGAGAAAAAUGUCUUCGUUCAUUGGAUGAUAUCAAACAUUUUCGUUGGUUUAAAGAUAUGGGAAUUAGACAUAAUUUUUUUACAUUUACAUUACGAAUACUUCGUGAUCUAACUAAACGUGUUGAUAUUUGGUCUAAUGUAACACUUUAUACAUUCGAAGUGAUAUUGGAACGGAUAUUGAUCUCAGCAAAUUGUUGUCUAGGGCCGGCAUCGUUAUUUCGGCAUUUUUUUGAAUUUAUUGCUCAUGGUAUUAUGAUGACAAAUUUUCAAGGUUUAGCUGAUCCAUGUGAAGCUCGUUUAACAAAUAUAUUUAAUUAUCUUAAUCGACAAGAUAAAGAAGAUAUUACCUGUUCAGCACAACAUCUUGUUCGAUUAGUUGCAUUAAGACAAUUGGAUAAAGUUUUAAAUGUUGAUUCAAAAAUUGUCUAUCAAAUACGAAUGAAUGAAUUAAAACAGGCAUCAAAUUUUCAAUCAAGACAACCACAAUUAACUCCAUCAUAUCAUCAACAACAGCAAUCAACAUCGUCUACUUAUUAUGACAAUCAAUAUCGUUAUAAAUCUAAACCAAAUUAUGAUAGAUCAAAAUCAUCAUCAUCAUCAUCGACAACAACAGUCGAUAUUGACAAAAAUUCACAACAAAAACAGCUACAACAACAACAACAAUUGUUAGAACAACAACAACAAUUACUUGAACAACAACAACAAGAGCUGAAAAAGUUACAAAAACAACAACAACAACAACAAAAAUCAGAUGAUAAAAAUGUAUCAUUAAAACGUAAACUUUCAACGGAUGAUUUAUUUGAAGAACCUGAUUUGGAAUGAAUUUUUUUAAAUGAAACUUUUGUAUAAAUUGAAA